AAGCCUAUGCCAGUCUGGUAAGUACACAGCAGGAUUCCGUCUUUGACUCAAACACAUGUCUAGCACUAAUGGAGCCUUCUGGGGUGGUUCCAUCAUGUCCAUCAAGCCACCUGCGCGCUAAAGAGUUGUUGUCCAGUUAUAAAGGAUCCUCGAAGCCUACUCUACCCAUAAGCUGCCUUAGACUUGUCACUACUUUCUCACUGCUAGUAUGCUCGGUCCCGUCCCCUCACCCUCACCUGUACCGAUCCCCCCAGGCUCCAGACCUGGCGCCUCACCAGGUCUUGAAGCAACCAUUCCAAUCAUUGACAUACGAUCCACCGCGCACUCCGUCACAGUCGCAGCCCUGGAGGACGGUAUUCGCGCCAAUGUACUUUCUGGUUUCACUAAGCCAUAUAAUGAGAAGGAGCUCCCAAACAUGUUGCUGUACAACGAGGAGGGCCUGCGUCUGUUCGAACAGAUCACUUACCAACCAGACUACUACCUCACCAGGUUAGAAAUCGAUAUCUUAUCUCGCCACGCACACCAAAUCGCCAAUUCCGUCCCUGACGGUGCAAUCCUCCUCGAACUUGGCGCCGGCGCCCUCCGCAAAACAGCUCUAAUCCUGGAUGCCUUAGAGGCUCAAGGGAAAGAUGUGACGUAUUUCGCGCUUGACUUGGAUAAGCCGGAGUUGCUCCGAACUCUUGCGGAGGUGAAGGGUCGCUAUACCCAUGUCAGCCUUGCCGGCUUGUGGGGCACCUACGAUGAUGGUUGUACUUGGCUGAAGCAAGUCAAAGACCGUCCAAGGAUCAUCCUAUGGUUGGGCUCUUCUGUUGGCAACAUGUCCCGGAAGGAAGCUGGCCAGUUCAUUCGCACCUUCGGGGAUAUUCUGGCUCCCAGGGAUCGCUUUAUUGUCGCCAUCGACAGUAAAAACCACAAGCUCAACGACAUCCGCGCUGCGUAUGACGACAGGGCAGGCGUCACUCGUCGCUUUGCUCUCAAUGCAUUGGGUAACAUUAACGACCUGUUCAAUGCUGACGUCGUGGAUGUCUCGUGUUUUGAUUACAAUCCUUAUUACAACGAGGUACAGGGCCGGAACGAGGCCUACUUCCGCUGCCUUAAAGAUACACAAGUCAGGAUCCCAUCAGAAACACCCAUCCUUGUCCACGAAGGGGAAUACAUCCGUUUCGCCUUUUCCCACAAAUAUGACCGCGUCGAGCGACAGGUGUUGUGGACUGCUGCCGGGGCUUAUCCAGUUCAGGAGUGGAUGUCCCAAGACGGGGAUUACGCGUUGACGAUGCUCUCGUGGUCCUCGUGAGGUC